UAUAUAUAUAUAUAUUUUAUGAACACAUAGUUUAUUAUUAUAUAUAAACGCAUACUCUUCUCUUCUGCAUAACAACCAAUUCAUAAUUUAUUUCUGUAUUCCAUAAUGGCACCACCAUCAGGUCUUUCGUUCAUAGUUCGUCGGCGUCAGCCGGAGAUGGUGGCUCCUGCAAAGGCCACACCGCACGAGGUGAAGAAUUUGUCAGAUAUCGACGACCAAGGGAGCCUUCGGUCCCAAAUUCCGGUGAUCCAGUUCUAUAGGAACAAUCCUUCGAUGAGAGGACGAGAUCCAGUUGAGGUGAUCAGAAAAGCUUUGGCCGAGACUCUGGUGUUCUACUAUCCCUUCGCCGGCAGGCUCCGGGAAGGGCCUAACCAGAAGCUGAUGGUGGACUGUAAUGGCGAUGGCGUCGUUUUCAUCGAAGCUGAUGCUGAUGUCACCCUGGAGGAAUUUGGAGAUCUUCACCCUCCAUUUCCUGGCCUUGAAGAGCUUCUUUACGAUGUGCCUGGAACUUCAGAUAUUCUUGAUACCCCACUUCUCCUUAUUCAGGCAACGCGCUUGAAAUGCGGUGGCUUUAUUUUUGCUCUACGCUUGAACCAUACUAUGAGUGACGCAGCUGGCGUCGUUCAAUUUAUGAGAGCGUUAGGAGAAAUUGCUCGCGGUGCGCGUCGGCCUUUGACUCCACCAGUCUGGCGUCGUGAGCUUUUAACUGCAAGAGACCCACCACGUGUGACAUGCAUGCAUGGUGAAUACGGAGAUGUCUCUAAUACUGAAGAAAUGGUAACCAUCGCCUUCAAUGCCAUGGACAUGGUUCAUCAUUCUUUCUUCUUUGGACCUAAUGAAAUUGCUUCUAUUCGCAAUCAAAUCCCUUAUCAUCUUCGUCAAUCUUCUAAUUUUGAAAUCAUCACUGCGUUCUUAUGGCGGUGUCGUACCAUAGCUCUGCAACCAAACGAUGAUGAUAAGGUUCGUAUUAUCUGUGUUGUGAAUGCUCGUGCCAAAUUCAACCCUCCAUUGCCAGAAGGUUACUACGGCAAUGCCUUCGCCUUUCCGAUGGCCGUGACCACCGCCGGGAAACUUCGGAGGAGCCCAUUGGGAUAUGCUUUAGAGUUGGUGAAGAAAGUGAAAGGUAUUGUGACUGAUGAGUACAUGCACUCUUUGGCAGAUUUCAUGGUGAUAAAUGGACGACCUCUUAGUCCUUUCAACGAGUGGGGGACGUACUCGGUGUCUGAUGUGACACGUGCCGGAUUUCAUGGCGUUGAUUUUGGGUGGGGAAAGGCUGUGUAUGGCGGUCCGGCGAGAGUAGUCAAGACGGCAAGCUUUUAUAUACCUUUUAAGAAUGAUAAAGGACAAGAAGGUCUGGUGGUGCCUUUAUGUUUACCUGGUGAAGCCAUGGAGAGAUUUGUGACGGAGUUAGAUACAAUGCUCAAAACAAGAUUGAUCACUUCUUCCUUAUAAUAAGUGAAUUUGUUGUGAUAUGUGUGUGUGAGCUUAAGACCUAGUUUAAUUUUAAGAGUUAAAUCACGUGAAACAAUAAAAAAAACUCAUAUAUAUCUAAUAAGGCAUGAGUGUCUCUUUAAUUAUAGAACUGUAAUUUCUUCAAUAGUCAUGUUGGGUGUGGUGCUUGAUUAAUGUUUAAAUCAUUUAAUUUGUAAGAGUUUACAAGCAGAAAAGAAAAUCAUUUGUAAUUAGGAGCAUGUAGCAUAUGUAUUAAAUUUUGUGCUGAUUAUUAGUGAAAGAAAAUGGAACUGUUCAAUGUAAAUUUUGUCAGAGAUAAUUGGGAUUUGAUUGAGAUUGUGCAA